AUGUCACGGCCAGCAGCGCGGAAAGCCGCACCUAAGGGGGAAUACAUUGAGACCGACUCUGGCAACAAAGUUUCGAGGCGAAGCGCCAUCACCGGAACAGCCAACAUCACACUAGGAGGCCGCACCGUCAUUAUGGCAGACGUUCAACUGCGUGGCGACCUUCACCCUACGCGCUCUGCACCCUCUUCUUCGGGGAAAGAUGUAACACCGACUAGCAUCAGUAUCGGGCGGUGUACGGUGAUUAGCCAGGGAAGCGUGAUUAAGCCACCAAGUCGGAUCAGCAGAGGCCAGGUGCAUUAUUACCCUAUGAAGAUUGGAGACAAUGUUUUUGUUGGACCAAACUCGACUAUACAAGCUAUCUCCAUUUCCUCACAUGUGCAUAUUGGCCAGCACUGCAGUAUCGGUGCUUUUGCCAUCAUUAAGGAGAACGUCAAGAUACUGCCGCAUACUGUCGUGCCACCGAAUAUGGUAAUCGCGUCGGGAUCUGUGGUUGGGGGCCAGCCGGCGAGGGUAAUAGGUGAUGUAGGGGAGGGGUGGGGUGUUAGUGGAGGAGGCGGUGGUGGAUUGGGUGUUGGCGGUGGUGGCGAGGAGAAGUGGGUAGAAGGUGGAGAUCUGAGGGAGCUGGUCAGGAGUAUCAGAUGA